UGUUGUUUUCCUCUGGACUUUUUCACUUUUCUGGGCCCGGGGCCCAGCACAGGCAGCAUGGAGCAGUUGUCCCCUUGGCCCAGCAGUUGUCCCAGCAGGCCCAGGAUGAUGCCUGGCCCCGUCGCAACAGCUCCACAUUUGGUGACACUUCAGCUUAUGACUCCCUGCAACUCCAGAGCUUCCCUCCCAUCCUGCUGGUUAGCCAGUUAUUCCCCGCUUCUUGCAUGUACAUCUCCCUUUAUUCUCCAUUUGCAUUUGUUCUUGCCAAACUGCAUCUUGCUGCUUUCAGACCACGUCUCUGGCAGCCGUGAUCACUCUAACCCCGAGGCCUUGCAGCCACCCUGGCUGAGCGUCAGCUGGAAACGCCGAGAUAACAUGUCUCCCUCCUGAAGUGUCCAUGUUGUUCAGGAAGAACCAACGCAGAACUGCUGGGCCUCAUCCUUCCCCUGAAGGCCUCUGAGAAAGGUCCUGGAUCCCUAAACCUGAAGGUUCUGAGAAACCACAGGAGGCUGAGACCUAAAGGGAAGGUGCAGAGGCUCGGAGAGAAGAGCCAGAGAAAGUGACAGAGAGGGAAGAAGGACAACGUGUCACAGGGAAGGACGAGAGCAGGGAGGCAAAGGACCAUCUCAGGGGAGACACGGAAGGGCAAGGGAGAAAGGAAGGGAAAAAAGAAAGAAACCAAGCACACCAAGAGCAUAAAGGAAGCCGAAGAGGCCUCAGGGAGGCAGAGACGGGAGCCAUGCCCCACAGCUCUGACAGCAGUGACUCCAGCAGCUUCAGCCAGUCACCCCCUCCCAGCAAGCAGGACUCUUCUGAUGACAUGAGAAAAGUCCAGAGGCGGGAGAAGAACCGCAUCGCUGCCCAGAAGAGCCGCCUGAGGCAGACCCAGAAAGCAGACACGCUGCACUUGGAGAGCGAAGACCUGGAGCGGCAGAACGCAGCCCUACGCCGGGAGAUCAAGCAGCCCGACGCACCGCUCUGCCCCAUCCUGACCGCAGCGCCUCCGCCGCCCCCAGAGGUGCUCUAUGCCACGCACUCCUUCCACCAGCCCCACAUCAGCUCCCCACGCUUCCAGCACUGAACCGCCGCCGGACACGCAGCCCAUGGGCGCCACAGGUGGCCAAGACCACUGUGCGGGGCUCGCUCUUUCAUCCAAGGGAGAGGGACAGACAGAUGCCCCUUCUCAAUGUGCACGCUCCAGGUGACUUGUCUAAGACUUGUCCCCUGCACAGAAAUGGCAGAGCCACCGGCAGGCAUCUUCGGGGAGUUUCCGGCUUGGAUCCUGGCGAAGAGGAGGCAUUCACCAAAGGGCACCAACCCCCUUCCCUGGAGUUUGUGUUGGGACACUCACAGGAGUGUGUGCGGCAUGGGCAGCCUCCCUAUGAGCGGCCGCUGGGAGCACAACAACGGGAGCUCCAGCAAGAGGAACAGGAGCAGGGCAGCAGGGAAUUUCGGGGGCU